AUGAAGAAGCUGAUCCUGCUCUCCCUUUCUGUGUUCCUGAGCAGCACUGUCCAAGCUUAUCCCGCUGGCUACAUGGGUUGCUGGACAGACAAAAGUUCAAGAAUCAUGUCAGGCCGUGUAAGCGAUUCCAAUACGAAUUCUGGUGACGAAUGUAAGCGAAGAUGUAAAGCUAAAGGUUACAGAUACGCUGGGACAGAGUGGUCAAAAGAAUGUUUCUGUGGAAACUCCAUGAAAAAUUAUCCGAAAGGGAACGGAUGUAACAUGAGAUGCACGGGAAACAGGAACGAGUACUGUGGAGGCGAUUGGCACAUAUCUAUUUAUGACACUUGGUACAUCAACGAAUGCUCGAGCAACCCGUGCGAAAAUGGAGCCACAUGCAACAACCUUGUGAAUAGUUACUCGUGUACAUGUACCGGAGGUUGGCAAGGAACAAAUUGUGACCAAGAUGUAAAUGAAUGUGCCAGUAACCCCUGCAAAAAUGGAGCCACGUGCGUCAAUGGUCGAAAUGAAUACACGUGUACUUGUGCUGCCGGUUGGACAUCAACAAAUUGUGACGUUGAUAUUGACGAAUGUGCGAGCAACCCAUGUCAGAAUGGAGCCACGUGUCAUAACGGACAGAAUAGUUACACGUGCGAAUGCGCGGGAGGGUGGACAGGAACACACUGUGAACUAGAUAUUGACGAGUGUGCAAGUAGCCCGUGCCAAAAUGGAGCUGCGUGCUCAAAUGAGCAAAACCGUUUUGUAUGCACGUGUACUGGUGGCUGGACUGGCGCGGACUGUAACACAGAUGUCAACGAAUGCGCGAGUAACCCGUGCCAGAAUGGAGCUACAUGUCACAACAACCAGAACAGUUACUCGUGCACGUGUGCAGGAGGCUGGCAAGGAUACGACUGUGACCUGGAUAUAAACGAGUGUGCAAGCAACCCGUGCAAGAACGGAGCCACGUGCAAUAAUUUACUAGAUCAAUACACAUGCACGUGUGCAGCAGGUUGGCAGGCCUAUGACUGUGAUCAAGAUAUUGAUGAAUGCGCAAGUAACCCGUGCUUUAACGGUGCUACGUGUAACAACUUGCUUGACCAGUACACGUGCACUUGUGCCGGAGGAUGGCAAGGAUAUGACUGUGACUUAGAUAUCGACGAAUGUUUGAGCAACCCAUGCCAGAAUGGAGCCACGUGUCACAACAACCAGAACAGUUACUCGUGCACAUGUGCUGGAGGCUGGCAAGGAUAUGACUGUGAUAUAGAUAUUGACGAAUGUGCAAGCAACCCGUGCCACAAUGGAGCCACGUGCAACAAUUUACUGGAUCACUACACGUGCACCUGUGCUGGUGGUUGGCAAGGAUACGACUGUGAUCAGGACAUUGAUGAGUGCGCAAGCAACCCGUGCCAGAAUGGUGCCACGUGCAACAACUUGUUAGAUCUAUACACUUGUGACUGCGCCGGUGGUUGGCAGGGGUAUGACUGUGACAUUGAUAUUGAUGAAUGUGCGAGCAACCCGUGCCAGAAUGGAGCCACAUGCAACAACCUUGUCAACCAUUACACGUGCACAUGUGCCGGUGGCUGGCAGGGAUACGACUGUGAUAUAGACAUUGAUGAGUGUGCGAGCAAUCCGUGCUAUAAUGGAGCCACGUGUAACAACCUACUGGACCAAUACACGUGCGAUUGUACGGGUGGUUGGCAAGGCUAUGACUGUGAUGUUGAUAUUGAUGAAUGUCUCAGUAGUCCGUGCAUCAAUGGCACGUGCACAAAUCUCCAGAACGCCUACAUGUGCACGUGCUUCCCAAAAUACACCGCUAGGAAUUGCGAUUACUUGAUCGGAUCCCCAAUGGAUGGAGAGUGGGGUCAAUGGGAGGCGUGGCAGGGUUGCUCUGCGACUUGUGGAACUGGACGGCAACGUCGAUACCGUGCCUGUGAUGAUCCACCACCAGAUUACGGCGGCCAGCCAUGUGUUGGUUACGGAUUUGACGAAACCAGUUGCUCUGGAGGAAGCGCUUGCCCUGUGGUUGUCGAUGGUAACUGGGGAGCCUGGACAACAGUAUCGUCUUGCAGCGCUACCUGUGGACAAGGAAAGUCAUUGAAGACACGACAGUGUGAUAACCCAGCUCCUAGCAAUGGAGGGAAUGUGUGCACCGGUGACGCUGCGGUACUUUCCACAUGCAUAGUUGCCAACUGCACAGCUGGAAGUAGCUCGAACUCUAACGGAGGCGCCUAUGUUAAUGUUUGUCCAAAUGGCUAUUUCACAUGUUACUCGGGAAGACUCACGUGUAUACAGGAAAUAUUCAGAUGUGAUUGUUUCUCUGAUUGUGACGACGGAAGUGAUGAAAACCAGGUUUGGGCUGGUUGUACAGACAUCUGUCCAGACAAUGAUUCUCCAGGUUGGUUAGCAAAUUGUUUCUUAUUCGUUUCUUUGAGAUAUCUAGUGAUAUAA